GUUUUAGAUUUGGAUGAGAGAAACGAUCCAGGCGCCAGUGAAUGUGCCACAGUUGAGAGCUCCUGUUACAGAAAUUACACCAACCUGUUUGAACCCAUUGUGAUUGACGACAAUGAUGAUGUUGAAGAUAUUACUGAAACCAAAAGCGAAGAUCUGUCCCUAGAAGAACCUGUAGAAACAAAUGUGCAGGCACAUGAAAUUAUUCAAAAUUUGGCCCUAGCAGUUGACCACAAGAAGGUCAGCAGAUUCAAUAUAUCACGAUCAGAUGUAUGGGAUGGAGCUGUUCGAGGAUUUCGUCGCAGCACGUACUCUGACAACAACGACAUAUUCGUCAAGUUUAAUGAUGAUGCUGGCUGCUUUGAAGAAGGGUUGGAUACUGGCGGCCCGAGGCGUGAGUUCCUCACACUUCUCAUGAGCCAACUGAGAAAUCGCCCCAUCUUCGAUGGACCUCCAGAGAGACGUUACCUUGUAUGUAAUUCAAGAGCUGCCAGGGAAGAUGAGUUUUUUUUAGCAGGAAAGAUGAUUGCUGUAUCCAUUGUACAAGGGGGACCAGCACCACAUUUUCUCUCAAAGAACCUGGUCAAUCACAUGAUAGGGAAUCCAAGUUUCAGAGCCACUGUAGAGGAUGUGAAAGAUGAGGAAAUAGGGAAAGUUCUACAACAGGUCCUGGAAGCACAAUCAGAGGAAGCACUGCAGAAUCUAAUUUUUCAAAACAGUACCAUGUUCCAAACUGCUGGAUGCUUCAGAGGUGUGAAGAUUUGUGAGAAGCAAGCUUUUGUGGAGGAGUAUCUCAAAUGGUACAUCAUUGACAGAAACAACAGUGCCAUUCAACGACCUACUUGAUUCUGAAGGAAAAGUGACGGCUGUCUCACUGGAAGAUUUAUUGAUGUUUGCUACAGGUCUGGCAGCACUUCCACCAGCAGGCAUGAUUCCACCUCCACGCAUUGAGUUUUUAAGCGAUUCACCUUUUCCAGUUGCAAGCACCUGUGCAAAUACACUCAAGUUGCCACUUUUGAAUUCAUACAGUGUCUUCAAGGCAAACAUGGACUUCGGGAUACAAAAUGCUCCAGGAUUUGGAUUUUAUUAAAUCCCAAAGGUCAAAUAUAGACAUAAUUAGAAAUAAAAUCAGAAUUAUAUAAAUGGAGUAAUAAAAAAAAUACUUAAAGGGAUCCACAAUUAGUUGUAACAUUA